AUGUCCAUUAGAAGAUGGCUCGGAGGUGUUGGAGAUUUGGAAGGUGAUGGAGUAGGAGAUUUAGGAGAUGGUGAUGGAGUGGGUGAUAACACUAAAGAUGGUGGAGAUUUAGGAGAUUGUGAUGAGGUUGAAGAUGGUGCUCCAGAUGAUGACGAGGAAGAAGAAGAAGAUGAAGCAGAGGAUGAUGAUGAUGAGGAUGACGACGAAGCAGAAUUAUUUGUUGAACUAGAAGACGAUGAAUUAUGUGCUGAAUUAGAAGGUGUAUUUGAUGAAGAAGAAGAUGUAUCGAACGAAGGUGGUUGUGCUGAAUUAGAAGAAGAUGAAUUAUGUGUUGAAUUAGAAGAAAAUGAAUUAUCCGUUGAAUUAGAUGAAGAUGAAUUAUUAGCUGAAUUAGAAGAAGAUGAGCUAUGUGCUGAAUUAUUUGGUGAAUUUGAAGAAGAUGUAUUAUUUGCUGAACUAGAAGAAGAUGAAUUGUUUGCUGAAUUAGAAGAAGAUGAAUUAUGUGCUGAAUUAGAAGAAGAUGUGUCUAAUGAAGACGAUGAUGGGGUAGAAGAUGGUGUUGAGGGUGAUAAUGGUGUAGGAGGAGGUAUUGGUUGUGACACUGAUGGUGAAGUUGGUGGAUUAGAUGGAGCAGGUGUUGACGAUUUAGGAGUUGGGGAUGGAGUAGGAGAUAAUGUUGAAGGCGAUGGAGAUUUAGGAGACGAUGAUGAAGUUGAUGGAGUAGCAGCAUUAGAUGGUGCCCCCGAUGACGAAGAAGAUGAUGAGGAGGAAGAUGAAGAAGAUGAUGAGGCAGAUGAUGAAGAUGACGACGAAGAUGAAGAAGACGAAUUAUGUGAUGAAUUAGAAGAUGUGUCUAAUGAAGGUGAUGUUGGUUUAGGAGGCGUGGGUUGUGACGGUGGUGGUGGGAUUGAUGGAUUAGAUGGAGAUUGUGUUGGAGAUUUAGGAGAUGGUGAAGGAGUAGGAGUUGGUUUUGAAGGUGGUGGUGACUUAUGGGAUUGUGAUGGAGUAGAAGAAUUAGAGGGUGCUUUCGAUGAUGAAGACGACGAGGAGGAGGAAGAAGAAGACGAUGAGGCAGAGGAUGAUGACGACGACGAUGAUGAUGACGAUGAUGAAGAAGAAGAAUUAUGUGCCGAAUUAGAAGAUGUGUCUAAUGAAGGUGAUGAUGGUGUAGGAGGAGGUGUUGGUUGUCGUGAUACUGAUUUAGGAGAUGGAGAUGGGGAUGAUGGUGUGGGAGAUUUAGAUGGCGCUCUCGUUGAGCUAGUUUUGGGAGAAAAUGAUGGGGUCGAUGGUGUUGUUGAAGGUGGAGAUUUUGGUGGUGAUUUUGUGGUUGAUGGAGUGGAAGGUGUUGGAGUUCGAGUUGGUGAUGGUGUUGAUGGAGUUGAAGGUGGCGGAGAUCUAGGAGAUGGUGAUGGGCUUGUUGUAGUAGGAGACUUAGUUGAUGCUCUUGAUGAUGAGGAAGAUGAUGAUGAUGAUGAAGAUGACGAUGAUGAUGCUGAUGAUGAUGACGAGGAGGAAGAGGACGCUGAGGAAGACGAAGAAUUAUGUCUAGAUGGCGUUGAUGGAAUUGGAGGAGAAUGUGUAGGUGGCAAUGAUUUAGAAGGAGAAGGUCUUGGUGAUGGUGGAGAAUUAUGGGAUGGUGAUGGUAGAGUCAAUGGAGGGGAAGGGGAUGAUUUUGAAGGGGAAGGUUUUGGUGAUGGUAGAUUUGAUGAAGGAGGUCUUGGUGAUGGUGAUGUUAGAUUUGAUGGGGGAGAAGAGGAUGGUGUUGCGGGUGUGGGUGAAGAUGGUGUUUUUGGAGAAUAUGGUGGCGAACCUAAUGGACUAAAAGGGGAUGGUGAUCUUGAAUCAUUAUCAUGA